AUUUUGGUAACAGACCAGGAAGUGCGGAAGAAGGCGAACACCGAAACCAGAAAGGCUGAACUUUCACCGACGAGUUUGGUUUUAUUUCACGUAUUUUUCGGUGAACUUUCUGUGAGAACUUCGUCGUGGGAAUUUUUUGAAGGCCUAGAGAACAGCGCCAAGAUGCCAGCCAUGGAGAAACAUCUCUUUAAUUUAAAGUUUGCUGCCAAAGAUCUCCAAAGAAAUUCCAAGAAAUGCGACAAAGAGGAAAAAAUAGAGAAGGCUAAAGUCAAGAAGGCCAUCCAGAAGGGGAAUAUGGAAGUAGCUAGGAUCCAUGCAGAGAACGCCAUCAGACAGAAGAACCAGUCUGUUAACUUCCUGAGGAUGAGCGCUCGGGUAGAUGCGGUGGCAGCGAGGGUCCAAACUGCAGUCACAAUGAACCAGGUCACAAAAUCUAUGGCUGGAGUGGUGAAGGGCAUGGAUGCCACUCUGAAGAGUAUGAACCUGGAAAAGAUUUCAGCCCUCAUGGACAAAUUUGAGCACCAGUUUGAAACUCUGGAUGUUCAGACAGCCCAGAUGGAAGACACCAUGAGCAGCACGACAACUCUCACAACACCACAGAACCAAGUGGAUUCACUGCUGCAUGAAAUGGCCGAUGAAGCAGGGUUGGACCUGAACAUGGAGCUCCCACAAGGACAGACAGGAUCGGUGGGUACCAGCGUGGCCUCUGCAGAACAGGAUGAACUGUCUCAAAGGCUUGCCAAGCUCAGAGAUCUGGUGUAAAGAAGGACUGCAGUGGACUGGCACCGGGAUGCAGAACUCGUAGACACCUUUACACUACCUGAAUAUUACUCCCAAACACCUUAUAUUUACAUUAUGUCUUCUCUUCUUACAUCUCAUGUGUCUCUGUCGAGGAGCUGCUGUAUCACUGUUAUUUUUUUUCCACAUGUAAAGGCCCUUGUUGGUUCUGUGCUCAUAACAUCAUGGCUGUUAUAAUUAUUCCUUGGCCAUUUUUCUAUUAACAGAUUUGCAGGUUUUGGAAAAUGUACAUAUUUCUUAAAAUGAUAUAUAUUUACCAAUAGUGACUCCAACAUUAUUGCUAAAUAGGUAAUAACUCCUCAAAUGCGAACAGCUGAAUGGAACGUGGCAGUUAUCGCCCUGCUUCAUGUACUGGUGGUGAAAAUGCUUAAGAUGUUGGAUGAAAAAAUUCAAUUUUUCUGUUCAUACCUGCAUGAUUGCAGAUGUCAUUUAUGCAUUUUUCUCUUGAUGGUAUCGGAGUGUGAAAGACUUCCCUCCUGACUGGUUAAAUGACUUCUUGAGUUGAUUUAUUGUAUUUUAUUUGUGAUUCAUAUCCUAAGAAGAUUCUGGACAAGUAGCCUGUGUGUUUGUCUGGUGGUCUUCAGUGUUUUCACUGAUCACUUGGGGAGGGUUACAGUUUGGAGAUUAAACAUUAAGUGAAAAAUAAAAUUUUAUAAUAAUUGUA